AUGGGCUCUGCAGAGGAAAUUCGAGAUGAGGGUUUUCUUGAAACGCUCUUCAGAAGAUUCGACGGAAAUGGCGACGAAAAAUUAUGCAGAGAAGAGAUGAAUUUGCUGACGAAAACAUUGGGCGUGAAAUUGACGAAAGAGGAAAUUGAUUGUCUGAUGGAUUGCACAGAUGAAGACAGAGAUGGCUGCCUGAAUUUCACAGAGUUUGUUAAAAUGUACAGAUUUUUAAUGUCAUGUGCAGGGAAUGGAUUCAAAGAUGUGAAUGUAAGAGAGGCGUUUGAUUUGUUUGAUAAGAAUGGGGAUGGAUUUAUCUGCCCUUCAGAUAUUCACAAUCUUUUGCUCAAUUUGGGGUUGAUUGAAGAACACGCAGAUUUUCAGAAAAUCACCGGAGAAGUCGAUUUUGAGGAGUUUAAGAAGAUGGUUACAGAUCAGUCAUUACAGUAA